CUUCCACACGUUGGUAUAAAUUAGAGCUCGUGCCCAUAGGUUGCCCGUUUGCUUCGUCUCUGCUUUCUUUGGUUUCUUUGAUUACUUUCCAUUACUCAGGUUCAGACUGUGGUUGCCACAUUCAUUAAAUUCCCAGUUCCUCCUUUUCGUCGAUAUGGAUCCCUCUUUCCUCCCCACACCUCCCGCCUCCGGUCCAAACGUCAACUCCCCCUCCGACCUGUCUUACUCUUCCGGGGGUUCUCGCUCUUCUACUCGAAACAGUUCCCCAGGUUCUAUUAUUGCAACUUCCUCCUCACCACUACCUCACCCUGCCCCUCUACUUCCUUCUACCUCUCAACAACAAGCAACCGCCCUUCUAGAUUUCGACUUAAAAGCGGAUAUAGAACACAGCCUUCACUCCCUUGCCGAAUCCCAAUCAGAAAUGGACCGAAACCCAUUCCAGUCCAUUAGCGAACGCCGAACCAAGCUCGCUACAGAUCGAAACAGCGUAAACCAGAGCCAGCAAUCACAACAACCCCAAGCUAUUCAGCCCCAAAGUUUGCGACACAACAUGCCUCCCCAACUAGGCCUUUCUACUCGAAACCUCGCUUCCUCUAACUGGCGAUCGUCGCAAGCUGAAGACGAGGCAACCGCGCUCAUGGCUCGCACCACCGGAAACGGCAGCGGCAACAGCGGCGGUGGUGGUGGUUGUGUGAGCAACGACUACCCACCGUUCGACCCGUCAAUCGGUAUUCAACACCUGCGACCGCUAUCGUUUGGAAGUCCCCAUAUAGAGCAGUUCUCGCUACCUUCAUUUUCUACAUCGCAACAGACACAACAGCUACAUUCUAACAUGCCUUCUACAUCCUCCCCCGAGAUGCAGAUCAACUCUAGCUACGCGUACUGUUUCGAUCGCGGUAACGGUCAGUACACGCGAUUGAUCCCGGCGGAUAUGUUGCCGCCUCUGGAGGACAUCCCUGCACUCCAGCAGGGCUGCACCGGCAUGAUUGUCCUACCGAUGCCACGCGGACUGUCUCCUAGUGGAAGGUCAAGUAACACUGAGACGGUUGUGCUUAGAAGCUCACCAACCACCCCGUCGUCGCCUUCGGACAACAUUCAGGUGAGUAACAACCGUUUGCCCGAAGCACGAUAUCGUAUACAAGAACUGUCGCGAAUCGAUAACAUCGUCGCUUCGACGCCUUCGACUCCUACACAUCACCAUCACACAUCGUCCUCUCUUUCAGGCUCCUUCAGCGGUCUGAACCUCGGAGCGCCGACUUCUCUCGCUGCUACCACCGCGCUUGUCCCGGUUUCUAUGGCUGCUACCACCGCGACAGUCGCAGUUCCCUCCAUCGGCGGACCUUCCCACCAACAUUAUCACUCACACUCGCAUCCUCAUGGAAACACCCACAAUCACCAGGGACAGAAUCAGCCCCAGCGACGCCCUAAGAUCUACUGCGACAAGUGGGUUCACGAGGGCGUUUGCGCUUUUACUCAGCAGGGAUGCAAGUACAAGCACGAGAUGCCGUUUGACAAGGUCACUCAGCACCAGUUGGGUCUGUUCCACGGCUUCCCCGCUUGGUGGAAGAAGCAUCAGGCCGACCUGUCGCGACAGCGAGAUGCUGCUUUACCUAUGGCUGGUGAGGAGCCGGCUCGUUUGAGCAGUGAUAACGGACCUUUCAUGGGACGAGGUGGUAACGGAGGUGAUAGUGGCAGUGGAAUUGGAGGUGGAGGACUCCCGAGUUGGCGACGAAGUGGAGGUGCUAGUGCUGCUAGUACUAGUGAUCCCGCUGAACAGAAGUCGCUUGGAACUGGACGAGGCCUGGGGCGCGGCGUUGGAGGUGGAGUGCGAAACCCGAUAGUAUCUUACGGCUCUCCCUUCGGACCUAUUGCGCCGCCUACUCGUACUUCUACGACUACACCAGCUACAACCUAUAACCCGGAAGCUCCUAUGGGUUACCAGGCUCAGGCGCAGCAGAUGCCCAAGGCAGGUAGUAAUGCUAUUCCGACUACAAACCCGUUCUCUUCCCUAGAGGCUCUCGGCGAGAACAGCAGUGGCAGUGGUAGCGGUAAGGACGAACCUUCAUGCCCGGUACCGAGCUCUAGCGGAGCACGUCUUACUUAAGGCACGAAAUGCGCAAACAAUCCAAACGACUUGGAAUUAAAAUAGAUAACGACUACUGAUCUCUCAUUGCUUGGAAUUAUUUCCUCAUCUGAAGAGAGACGAAAAAAAGGAUAGGAUUUUCCCUACCCUUUGUGCCUA